AUGGAAGCCAAUGUUGGCUUCCUCACAUUGUGCUUGGCCAUCACUUUGGUGCGUUUCUUAAUGAAGCGUUAUUGGCACCAAAGCAAGAUUAACGACAACAACAACAAAGCUAUCAAGCAACACUACCCACUUCCUCCCACUCCCAAGGGCCUAAGGCCUUGGCCUAUUGUGGGCAACCUCCCCGAGAUGCUCAUGAACAAGCCCACAUUCCGGUGGAUACACAAGCUCAUGGAGGAAAGCAACACCGAAAUUGCUUGCAUUCGUCUUGCAAACGUUCAUGUCAUCCCCGUCUCCUGCCCCAUUCUCAGCCGCGAAAUCUUGAAGAAACAAGAUGCAACUUUCGCCACGAGGCCUCUCAGCAUCUCCACCUUCCUCAUCACAAAAGGGUACAUAACCACGGUUAUGGUGCCCUUUGGGGAGCAAUGGAAGAAAAUGAGGAAGGUCAUCACAUCCGAGUUGCUCUCUCCCAUGAGACAUAAGUGGCUCACGGACAAGAGGAUUGAGGAGGCCGACCACCUUGUUCGAUACGUGUUCAACCAGUGCAACAAUGACGAGGGCAGUGGCAUUGUGGAUUUGAGACUUGCUACACAACAUUAUUGUGCAAAUGUGAUUAAGAGAAUGAUUUUCAACCAGAGGUACUUUACGGAGGAGAUGAAGGACGGAGGUCCUAGUGUUGAGGAACAAAACUAUGUAAAUGCGGUGUUCGAUAUGCUUAGGUACAUCUAUGCAUUUUCUGCAUCCGAUUACAUCUCAUGCUUGAGAGGCCUCGAUUUGGACGGCCAUGAGAAGAUCAUAAAGGAUUGCAUUAAGCUUACAAGAAAACGCCAAGACCCCGUCAUUGAAGAGAGGAUUCGUGAACAUCAGAAACUUGGCGGAAACAAGGUCCCAGUAGACUUGCUUGACAUUCUUAUCUCACUCAAAGACGCCAGUGGUCAACGCUUGCUCUCAACAGACGAGAUCAAAGGCCAAGUAAAUGAGAUGAUAAUGGCAGCAGUGGACAACCCCUCAAACGCAGCUGAAUGGGCAAUUGCAGAGAUGAUAAACCAACCCCACCUGUUCGAGAAAGCAAGACAAGAACUUGACGCUGUGGUUGGCAAAGAAAGACAAGUGCAAGAGUCAGAUCUGUCGCAGCUCAACUUCGUCAAAGCCUGCGCUCGAGAAGCCUUCCGCCUCCACCCGGUGGCGCCAUUCAACGUCCCCCACGUGUCGAUGGCCGACACGACCGUGGGCGAUUACUUCAUCCCCAAGGGCAGCCACGUGAUGCUGAGCCGAAUCGGGCUCGGCCGCAACCCUAAAAUUUGGGACGAGCCCCUCAAGUACAAGCCCGAGCGCCACCUCAAGGACGACGGGUCAGGUGUUGUACUCACUGAGUCAGAGCUCCGAUUCAUAUCGUUCAGCACCGGCAUGCGAGGCUGCGUCGCGAGUACACUCGGCACGAGCAUGACUGUGAUGCUGUUUGCUAGGCUUCUUCAUGGGUUUACUUGGGAAGCGCCGCCCAAUGAGUCGAGAAUCGACCUCACCGAGGCAGACGGCGAGCUCCUACUCGCCAAACCACUGUUUGCACUCGCGAAGCCACGCCUGCCAGCUCACGUGUACCAGACAUAA